UUUUAGUUAUAAGACAUGUUUGUAAGAUGUUGGCAGCACUGGAAAAUAGAUUAGGAUGUAGUUCGAAUGUUAUAAUAAUAUUUGCUACUUAUUUCUUUUUUAGAUACACUAUCUAUUCUCCGAAAGAUGGACAGCCUUGCAUGGAUCAUGACAGACAAACUGGAGAGGGUGUUGGACCUCAGGAAUAUACUUUAAUCAAAUUGAAAGUACUUGAGCCAUAUCCACUCAGAUUAAGUGGCCUGAAAGGUAAAAAUAUCUUCUUAGUAGCUGCUACUCUCAGACCUGAGACCAUGUUUGGACAGACAAAUUGUUGGGUUCGUCCUGAUAUGAAGUACAUUGGAUUUGAGACUGCAAGUGGUGAUAUAUUCAUUUGUACCCAAAGAGCAGCCAGGAAUAUGUCAUACCAGGGCUAUACUAAAGAUAAUGGAGUUGUACCUGUCGUUAAAGAAUUAAUGGGGGAGGAAAUUCUUGGUGCAUCACUUUCUGCACCUUUAACAUCCUAUAAAGUGAUCUAUGUUCUCCCAAUGCUCACCAUUAAGGAAGAUAAAGGCACUGGUGUGGUUACAAGUGUUCCCUCUGACUCCCCUGAUGACCUUGCUGCCUUCAGAGAUUUGAAGAAAAAACAAGCCUUAAGAGCAAAGUAUGGAAUUAAAGAUGACAUGGUCCUGCCAUUUGAGCCAGUACCAAUCCUUGAAAUUCCAGGUUUUGGAAAUCUUGCUGCCGUAACUAUUUGUGAUGAGUUGAAAAUUCAGAGUCAGAAUGACCGAGAAAAACUUACAGAAGCAAAGGAGAAAUUGUAUCUGAAAGGAUUUUAUGAAGGUGUAAUGUUGGUAGAUGGAUUUAAAGGACAAAAGAUCCAAGACGUAAAGAAGCCUAUUCAGAAAAGGAUGAUUGAUGCUGGAGAUGCACUUAUUUACAUGGAACCAGAGAAACAAGUCAUGUCCAGGUCUUUGGAUGAAUGCGUUGUGGCUCUGUGUGAUCAGUGGUACUUGGAUUAUGGAGAAGAAAAUUGGAAAAAACAGACAUCUCAGUGCUUGAAGAACCUGGAAACAUUCUGUGAGGAGGCCAGGAGGAAUUUUGAAGCUUCCUUAGAUUGGUUACAAGAUCAUGCUUGCUCCAGAACUUAUGGUUUAGGCACUCGCCUGCCUUGGGAUGAGCAGUGGCUGAUUGAAUCUCUCUCAGAUUCCACUAUUUACAUGGCGUUUUACACAGUUGCACACUUGUUGCAGGGGGGUCACUUGAGUGGACAGGCAGAGUCUCCACUGGGCAUCAGACCGCAACAGAUGACCAAGGAAGUUUGGGAUUAUGUUUUCUUCAAGGAUGCUCCGUUUCCUAAGACUCAGAUCCCAAAGGAAAAAGUAGAUCGGUUAAAGGAAGAGUUUGAGUUCUGGUAUCCUGUGGAUCUUCGAACUUCUGGCAAGGAUCUUAUUCCAAAUCAUCUUUCCUAUUUCCUUUAUAAUCAUGUGGCUGUGUGGCCGGAACAAAGGUGAAUGCUGAAACAGAUGUGGACUAGAUUUAUUGAUGGUCACUGAGGGUAUCUUUUCUUCUUGGCUGUACUGGGUUUGAACUCGGGGCCUUAGCAUUUGCUAGGCAGGUGCUCCGCCACUGGAGCCACAGCCACAGCCUUUCACUGAG